AUGGAGGCCACUAAGAGCCUCCUGGCACCGCGCCAGCAUAUCCAGGAUCACGAUGCCGCCGAGUCUGUCAUCCAUCACUGGGGCUACGCUGACCGUGUGGUACCCUGCGUCAACGAUCCUGGGUCCUGUAGAUACCUCGACGUCGUUUACAACGCCCACGAUGUUGGCAUGAUCUACACCGGCGUCAUCUGGGCCACUAUCGGAGGCAUUCUCCUGAUCUGGGCCAUUGUCAGGCGGACGAUGCCUCCCCAGUCCCACCGGAACCCUCAGGCGCUGGUUGAGGGCGAGAAGCGGACGGUGGACACGACGACGAGGAUUCGCCAUACUCUUUGGUCUUACACCAACCGCUAUCUCCUGCCCGACUCCAUCCGCUCCAUCUUUGGCCGCACCACGCGCCUGCAAGUUCUCGUGCUUGCCAUCCUCACCGGCUAUCUUACCAUCUUCUCCUUCGCCGGCAUCGUCUACGGCAUCUGGAUCACCCCCGUCAAGAAUAUGGAGGGCGUCUACAACACCCGCAGCAGUCUGGGACCCUUCUCUGACCGUGUCGGUGUCAUCGCCUACGCCCUGACGCCGCUGUCCGUUCUCCUGUCGAACCGCGAGUCGCUGCUGUCCGUCUUGACCGGCAUUCCCUACCAGAACUUCAACUUUAUGCACCGCUGGCUCGGCUACAUCAUCAUGGUCCAGUCCAUUGUCCACACCAUUGGCUGGACAAUCAUCGAGGUCAAGCUCUACCAGCCCCAGCCCCAGGUUGCGAAGAAGUGGAUUAUGCAGCUCUACAUGAUUUGGGGUGUCGUCGCCAUGGUCCUGCUUCUCAUUCUCUACGCCCUCACGCUACCUCCUGUCAUCCGCUUCACCGGCUACGAGUUCUUCCGCAAGUCGCACUACGUCCUGGCCCUGGUCUACAUGGGCGCCUGCAUCGGCCACUGGGAGGGUCUCCAAUGCUUCAUUAUCCCCGGUAUUCUGCUGUGGUUCAUCGACCGCUUCGCCCGUGCCGCCAGGACGUUCCUGCUGCACUACAACUUUGUGGACGGCACCAAGCGUGGUUUCGUUGCCGCUCACGCCGCCAUUACCACCUUCCCUGACGAGAAGGACGGCGACGUCCCGUCACUGUCAACGGGCGCACCAAACACUCGUACGUUUUCCGCGCCAAGGGCGGCGGAAACCAAGAAGAUCGCACAGAUCGCCGCGAAGAAGCUGGCGGCUGCUGCUGCUGCUGCUACUGCACCUGCGACAACGUCAGAAGACAAGAACGGUGUGAUGACGGCCGCCUCGGCCCCAACGACGCCUGUUGUGCUUACCGGCCCCUACGGUGACCCGAUCAUGCGCAACAUCACCCCCGAAGCCAACAUUCUGUGCGUCGCCGGCGGCACCGGCAUCACCUACGUUCUGCCCGCCCUCCUGAGCCUGACCGCCAAUCCUGCUUCGCCUCGCAAGCUCGAGCUCAUCUGGGUCGUCCGCCACGCCAAGGAUGUCGACUGGGUCAAGCCUGAGCUCGCCGCACUUGAGGCUCUCGAUGUGACGGUGCGCAUCUUUGCCACGCGCGACGCCGCCUCAAGCUCGUCUGAUGCCGAUCGCUCGUCCGAAGCCGAAGCCGACGAAGAGAAGCGCGCUGCUGGUGCUGUGGCCGUGCAGAAGAUGCGUGCUCGUGGCGCGGCGGCCAGUGUCCGCUCUGGUGGCAUCGGACACCCGGACCUGGCGUUGCUCGUGCGUGAGUUUGUUCAGGCGACUGUGGCCGCGAGGACGGUCGUGUUUGCGAGCGGGCCUGGCGGGCUGAUGACGGACGCGAGGGCGGCGGUUGCGGCUUGCAACGACGGCGGCAAGGUGUGGAAGGGCGACGAGCGGUUCAACGUCGACUUGAUUCACGACGAGCGCAUGGAGAGGUGA